AUGGCCGCCAAGGACUCCCCAUGCCGCAUCCUGGUCAUGGCCUCGGGCUUUGGCUCAAACUUCCAGGCCCUCAUAGACGCCGUGGCAUCGGGUGAAAUCCCCAACAGCAAAAUCAUCUCUCUCUUUGUGAACCGGAGCAAGGCGCACGCAGUCGUACGAGCUGAGAAAGCGGGCAUCCCUUCGGAGUACUACAAUCUAAUCAGCCAUGGGUUUCUACCCAAGGGGGAAAAGGAUGAGCAGAAGGUCGCUGAAGCUCGUCAAAAAUACGAUGCUGCAUUGGCCGAGAAGGUGGUUGCUAAACAGCCUGAGCUGAUUGUUCUCGCCGGCUGGAUGCACAUCUUCUCCGAGGCUUUCCUGGAGCCUCUCCAAAAGGCUGGCAUCCUUAUUAUCAAUUUACAUCCCCGGCCAGAUGAGUUUGACGGCGCCAAUGCCAUUGAGCGAGCCUUUGACGAGUUCAAGGCCGGGCGACUGACGCGCACAGGUAUCAUGGCCCAUUAUGUGAUCCACGAAGUAGACAAGGGCACUCCCAUCCUGACUGAGGAGAUCAAGUGGGAGGGAGAGGAGCUAGAUCAGUUCAAGGAGAAGAUGCAUGCCCGCGAGCAUCCGCUAAUCGUAAACGCGACGGCCAAGGUGGUUGGGGAAAUACUGGCUCGGAGAUCGACCUAA